AUGGCAACAAAGCUAGAGACCAGACCACUUGGGCGAGGCGGCCCUCUUGUAUCUACAAUUGGGUUCGGGGCCAUGGGUCUUAGCUCAAUGUAUGGCCAAGGAGGCUCUGAUGAAGAACGCUUCAAAGUGUUGGAUCGCGCCCACCAACUUGGCAACACAUUCUGGGACACGGCAGAUGUCUAUUUCGACAGCGAAGACCUCAUCGGUAGGUGGUUCAAGAGAACUGGGAAGCGACCUGACAUCUUUCUCGCUACCAAAUGCGGUGCCGUCAUGGAUGCAAAUGGCAACAGCUCAAUCCGUUCAGAUGGCGAAUACAUCCAUCAGGCUUGCGACAAGUCCCUCGAGCGACUGGGAGUGUCGCAUAUUGACCUCUUCUAUCUUCAUAGAUUGAAUAGAGAAACUCCUGUUGAGACGACCGUCAAAGCCAUGGCCGAGUUGAAGCAGCAAGGCAAGAUCCAUCAUCUUGGCCUCUGCGAAGUUUCGGCCAAAACACUUCGUCGUGCCCACGCUGUGCAUCCCAUAACAGCCAUUCAAGUCGAAUAUAGUCCAUUCUCAGUGGACAUUGAGAGCCCCCAGAUUGAUGUUUUGAGAACAGCGAGGGAGCUUGGGGUGGCCGUCGUGGCAUAUGCUCCCCUCGGCCGAGGCAUUCUCACCGGGCAGAUCCGAUCGCCCGAUGACUUUAGCGACAAUGACUUUCGGAAGAACCUGCCCCGUUUUUCCAAAGAAAACUUCCCCAAGAAUUUGGAACUUGUCAACAAGAUCGGGAGUAUUGCAUCAACUAAAGGCUGCACUCCAGGUCAAUUGACGCUUGCAUGGCUGCUCGCACAAGGUCAUGACAUCUUUCCGAUUCCGGGUACAAAGAAGAUCAAAUACCUUGAAGAAAACCUUGGUGCGGUCCAUGUCAAGCUCACGAAAGAAGAGGAAGCCGAGAUCCGAAAGGCAAUUCGUGAGACCGAGGUUGCGGGAGGCCGCUACACCGAUGCGUAA